UUUCCAUUGCGGAAACAGUAGUAUUCCGACCGCGUUGAACACGCAGACGUUUCUUAUACGACUGUAUUCGUCGCAGCUGUUAUUGUUUGAUUUGCAUGGUUCGCAUUAACGAUAUUUUGAAUUUAAAUCAAUUAUAACAAGAAUGUUUCUAUUUUGAGCUAACAGGAUAAACGCUUUUAAUCUAUCGAAGAAAAAUGAAAAAAAUUGUCUGGUCUAUCAUCUUCCUAGUGAUAUUCACUAAUGGUUCAGAAGUCAAUGCCAAGAAAUCACGACAUCAUCGAUUGCAGGAAGUUUACGAUAGCAGUAGUAUUCAAUCUCCCAAAUCGAUUCAGUUGAUACCAACACUUAAAACCAAUGAAGAAUACGUCGAAUCCGACGAAGAUAUUGAUGAGGAUGACGAUGGAUAUGAAAGUGAUGACGAAGGUGAAGAAACCGCUGAAAUUUUAGAGAAACAAAAUCCAUGUCUGGUACACUAUUGUGGACGUGGUGAAGAAUGUGUAGCUGUUGGUGGUGUAGCUCGAUGUGUUUGUAUACGAAAAUGUGGAUUAGCCAAAAGGAGGGUAUGUGGUACUGAUGGACAACUGUAUGACAAUAGAUGUGAAUUACACAAAGCAGGAUGUCUAAUGGGAGUCAAUAUUCAAAUAGAUCAUUCUUACAAAUGUUUCAUGCUAUCAACAUCAAAAGAGAAAAAUGUCCGUGUAUUAUCCAAAGUUGAAGACAAUACAGUAGAAACAGAAGACAAAACUAAAAAAGUGAAAAAAUGCGAUUCAUCUCAAUACGAAAUCAUGAAGGACAAUUUACUUCUCAUCAAUCAUGCCAAAUUAAUGUAUGAAAAAAGUUGGAAUGGCGGUAAAGAAUAUAUUUCAAAUGCGCUUUUUAAGUAUUUAGAUUUGGAUGGCAAUGGAUUUUUACAACGAGAUGAACUUGUCAAGGUCAACAAACAAGAAAAAUUAAAAGCUUUAUCCAAUGUUUGCGUUUUGUCAGAUAUGAUUAUUUUUGAAGAUAUGGAUAAAGAUGGCCGUCUCGGUUUGAAUGAAUUCUAUGCAGCCUUCAGCAAGUUAUAUAGCUUGUCUGUAGUGACUUUAGAAAAAGCUCUGGAAGUGAAUAGAAUAUCCGCUAAAGUCGGAGAUAAUGUAGAAAUUCGAUGUGAUGUCAAUGGCAAUCCCCCGCCGCCAAUAAUUUGGAAACGGUACUCGGCCGAUUUAACUGCUUUAGGUGAUGAGGAUCUAAGAGUAUUCAGUGAUGGGUCUUUAUAUUUAACAAAUGUGCAGUUAGUACACGCAGGAAAUUACACGUGCAGAUCGCUCAGAAAUUCUGAAGUAACCCAAACUCAUGUUUUAUCCGUUCACACUAUACCUGAAGUCAAAGUGACUCCUAGAAUUCAAUCACGUAGACCUAGUGAGAAGACCUCGAUGUUUUGUCAUGUUAUAGGUGAACCUUUUCCGGAGGUCGUUUGGUUGAAAAAUGAAGAUCGUCUUAAGUUAGAUUUAGUUCAUAAGUAUCAAGUCGUUGGUAAUGGAACCGAAUUGAGUAUAGAAAAUAUAGACUACGCUGAUACCGGUGCGUACAUGUGCCAGGCUUCCAAUACUGGGGGAGUUACCAGAGACAUAUCAUCAUUAAUAGUUCAAGAAGUCUUAACACCUACCGCACCAAAAGAAGAAAGACGAUUUUUCGCUUUUCACGAUUGGGGAAUUUCUGUAUACGAACCAACAGCAUGUCGUUUAUACCAUCAAAUCCAGUCAACUGAUAUAAUACCAGGUACUCAAGAAUAUGUAUGUGGAAAUAAGGGAGUUAAUUGUAGUUGGGGCCAAGCCAUUAAUGUGGCCAACCGAUACGUAUAUGUAUCCCAACCUCUUAAUGACCGUGUACUUGUCAUCAGUAAGAUCCAAAUGGUCGUCGUAGACGUAGUAGUUACUGAUAAAUACCCUGUUGAAUUACAUUAUGUCGCUCAUCUAGACCAAGUUUGGGUGUUAAAUUGGAGAAGCGUAUACAACGAUGGCGUGAAGACAAUACAAGUGAUAAGAGACGCAUCACAGAAGAGAAAACAUCACACUGUUCACCCAGAACCAAUUGAUGGACAAUUUGAUUUAGUCAGAAAUUUAUUUAUGCCUAAAGCACAGGAUUUAAAUCACUGGUUUAAAUAUGGAUAUGUAAGCCAUGCUAAUCAAAGAGGACUUUAUAAAUUAGAUUUGGCUAACAUGCGUUACUUACGAAGCAUUGACCUUUCACCAUACAAUUGUGUUCCUAGAAAUCUUCAAUUUUCAUCAUUAUAUGGAUUUGUCAUCAUAGAAUGUGAAGAACCAGGUACCGGACACUCUACGGGUCAAGUGAUCUUAGACUACUUAACUGACACUAUAGUCUAUCAAAAGCCUACGGUCCGAGGAAGCCCACUUGUUUCACCUGAUAGCAGAAUUGUUGUAUCUAUUGACAGAGCUCCAGAUGGAGUGACUCUAAUUGUGCAAAAAGUUUUGGAGUCUGGACUGAAAUUCUCAUUUGACGUUAAAACAACUCUAAUGAUUAGCGGAAUUGCGUUUUAUCCAUCGAGAACUACCCAUGGAUAUGACUUAUAUGCAAGUGCGACUGAUAAAGAAGACAUACUAUUUUUGAACCUUUCAAAUGGCAAAGUAGAAAUGAUAACUGGAGUUGGUAAAGCAAUGAAACAAUCAUUGGCUCAAUGGGGUAACCCUAACCGACCGAUUGCUGCGUCUGGAAUAUUUGGUCACUACAUGGUUACUCCUGCUGAUAAAGCACUAUUUGUAGUUAAUGGGGAGACGCGUACAGUUAACUGCGAGAUUGGAGGUUUAGUUCAUCCUAGAUUAGUCACUUGGGUAACGAUGCAACUACAGUAAACCACUUGUCACUGUGGUAUCAACAAUGUUGAUUAUUGACAGCAAAUAUUAAUAUUUUUUUUAGACGAGAAAAAUACAUUGUUAUUAAAAUUAUUUAUUUAUAAUUGUAAAAUAUUAUUUACGGUUUUAGCUUGGUGUACCGAAACUUUUUAGCACUUUAACAUCACUUCUUUUUUUUUAAUACCUAUGAAAUAAAUUACUACUUUUAUCCCAUUACUGUAUUGUCCACGCUUUCCAUAAGCUAAAAUGAAUAAAAGUUUAAUUAUUUGAGGGAAAAUGUCAUUUCCUGUUAAUUGUAUUUUUGAUAUAAAUCUUGUUAAGCACAAGUUUUCCAUAAUUUUCAUAUAUAUCAAGUACCUGUAUGAUCAAAGAAACAUUCGUUCCUAGAAUUUUUACUUUAUAUUUAUAUAAAGUUAUAUUAAUACUACAGAAUUUGAAUUUUUAUUUUUUGAGUUUUUAUUAUUUAUAAUGUAUCAAUUUUAAAUCUAAAAUAAUCCGUUAGCGUUAAUUAUAUAAUUUUACAUACAAUCCCAAGUUUAUCAAUUAAAAUGAAAUUAGGAAGACGGAUUUCAAUCUUUUAUUUUUAAAGAUAUUCAAUUUACGCUAAUAUAUUAAUCUUAAAAAUACAAACAAUUAUUAGAAAUAAUAAAUAAAUAUCCAUUUGAUUUUCAUAUGCACAUUUAUAAAUUUAAAUGGCUUAUUAUUAUUUGAAAUUUCACUUUUUAAUACGUCUGAUACUUAUGUUUUAAUAUAAUACCGUUUUAUUUUGUUGUUUGUUUUUGAUUAUUUUACUCUAAUCGUUAACUAAUAUUUAUAUAUCCAGCUAAACGCGUAAAUAAUACAAGUCGUGUGAAGAAUGAUAUAUUUGUAUGAAUUAUAAUUAAAAAAUUUAGUGACCUAAGCAUAUUUUCGUGUAUAACGAUAGACAGACAGAUGUUAUUGACUUUGUUUUUAAUUUAUGGAACCAAGUAAAAUUAUUUAUACACAUGUAUAAAAAUGCCACAAAACUAGAAUUUACAACGUCGUGUGAUAAAUAUCUAAUGAUUUUCUGAUUCCGAGCCAAGUAUACAUUACACGAGCCAACGUUAUUCAAUUUAUAAAAGUGGCAUGUGACAUUAAUUUUUUCAAUUCUAUUAUUUUUACCCUGGCCACAUUUUUGUAUGAAUGUACAUAUAACAUUACAUUAGAUCGGUUUUGUAAAAAAUAAAAUAGUCUCAUUUGGUAGCAAUUACUCGAUAUUUUAUAAUUUUCAUUUAAAUCAAAAACAUUAGUUUAAAUGUUGAAUGUUCUUCAAAUGAUUUUUUUAUAUAAUUUUAUUUAUUUAAAAAAAAUCAAAUAUUGUUUGAACUGUAAUAACAUUGUAAUUUUGUUUGAAAAUAAAUUAUGAUUUUUAAGUGGUGCCCUUUAAGGGAAAAUAUAUUUUCAAGAAGCUAUUUUAUACAUUAUAUAAUUUCUCGAUCGUACUUCUAUAAUCACAUUUUUUUUAGGCAAUUAAUUGGAGUAGAAAUAUUAUUUUUGUAUUCUAUGUUACAUUGUUUGUGUGACUAGGUGUAAAAAACGACUAAAUGUUUUGUCGGAAAUGUAAAAUUUGUCUUUGUAAUAUUAAUUAUUCUCAAAACUAUUGCCACAACAUGUAAAUAAAAUGUUAAGUAAUAUUAUACUUAUAUAAAAAAGAUAACUAUAUAGCUUUAGAAGGUGUUCAAAUUUGUCAUAAUUAUUGUUUAUAUACAAAUCUAUUAAUGUAUUAAUAUGGUCGAAAUUCGUUCUGUAUUGUAUACAAUCGAUAAUUUUAAUAUAAUUUUUAUAUAGCGUGGGCUUAUUUUUUAAUAAGUUAUAAACAAUAGUGUAACAUUUAUAAUUAACCGUUAAUAUUAA